UGAAUAAAAAACCUUUGAAAACUAUUUAUGACGAAGAAUAUCAGUUUGACAAAGGAGCUUAUCAAAGCAAAGCUGACGAGUGGAGACCUAGACUUCACACUUCUGCUUGUAGAAGCGAGAAUUUGGAAAAGGUACAGCAAUUGAUAGAAAAAGGAUCUCAUGUUAACAAGGCCGAUAAGGAGGGACAUACAGCGCUAACAACUGCUUGUGAGAGAGGUAGUGAGAGCAUAAUACAGUUGCUGAUAAACAAAGGUGCUAAUGUCAACCAGGCUAAUGGGCAGCGACAGACGCCUUUAGCAAAUGCUUGUGAGAAAGGGAAUGAAAAGAUAGUUCAGCUUUUGAUAGAAAACAAAGCUGAUGUUAACAUGACUGGUUGGCAGGGACAGGUACCUCUUGAAAUUGCUUGUAAGAAAGGGAACGAGAAGAUAGUAGAGUUACUGUUAGACAACAAAGCCGAUGUAAACAUGAUUGAUUGGAGUGAAUGGACUACACUAACAAACGCGAAGAUAAUACAAUUACUAAAACACAAAGGGGUUAAUCUUCCAAAAGUUGUCCAGGAGGAAAACACAUAUCUAAUAAAUGCAUGUAGGAAUGCGACUGAAGAAUACGCGAAGUCACUGAUAAGGGCAUGUGCUGAUGUUAACCAGGCAGGUGGACAGGGACAAAUACCUCUAACAGCUGCUUGUAAGAGAGGGAAUAAGAAGCUAAUACAGUUGCUGAUAAAUAAAGGAGCUUGUCUUGAUAUGGUUGAUGGGGAUGGAAACACACCUCUAACUGCUUGUAAGAAUGGGGAUGUAAACACAGUGGAGUUUCUGAUAGAGAAAGGAGUUGAUGUUAAACAGACAGAUGAAAUGGGGCAAACCCCUCUAUCAAUUGCUCGUGAGGGAUGUUAUGAAAAGAUGAUGAAGCUACUAAUAGGAAGAGGGGCUGAUGUUAACCAAGUUGAUGAAAAGGGACAAUCACAUCUUACAGCUGCGUGUGAGAAAGGGGGUGCAAAGGUAGUGCAUUUACUUAUAGAAUCAGGGGCUCAAAUCAAUAAGGCUGACAUGAAGGGACAGACACCUCUUAUAGUUGCUUGCAACGGGGGAAAGGAAAGGAUAAUACAACUUCUGAAGAAGAAUGGAGCUGACGUUAACCAAUUUGAUAGACAAAGACAUACGGCUUUGACAGUUUCGUGUAUGAACCCAAAUGAGAAGGUAUUACGCUUACUAUUAGAAAAAGUAGCUGACGUCAACAAGACUGAUUGGGAUGGUUUGACUCUUUUGACACGUGCUUGCAUAAGCAGAAAUGUCAAUGUUAUACUGUUAUUGGCAGACAUAGGAGCUGAUCUUAACAUGGCUGGUCAGAGAUAUACACCACUGACGGCUGCCUGUACAGGAGGAAGUAAUCAGAUAAUACAGAUAUUAAUAGAUAAAGGAGCUGACGUUAAUAUAGCAGAUAAUGGAAGAGUAACACCACUGACAGCUGCUUGUAUGGAUGGGAAUGAGAAGAUAGUAAAAUUACUUAUCGAUAAGGGAGCAAGUGUUACCAAUGCUGAUGAAAUAGGCCAACCCCCUUUGGCCGCUGCUUGUAGUACAGGCAACACAAACAUAGUACAGUUACUGUUAGAAAAUGGUGCAAACGUUAACCGAGCUAAUGACCGGAGAGAGACACCCCUGACCAUUGCUUGUAAUAAAGGGAAUGAUAAGAUUGUACAGUUACUGAAAGACAACGGAGCUUGUGUUGACAAAACUGAUGGCUAUGAUGGGGGAGAAUGACAGUGUUUAAGUCCUUUGUAUUUCCUUAUAUAGUAUUUCUAAGAUAAGCCUGAACUUUUGAUGAGGAGUAUUUAGACCAAUUGAUAAAUAUAUACGAUUUUUUAAUGGAUAAUGAAUCACAGAACUUUAAACUUUCAAUAUUACGCUAUGACGAUUACGAUGGCGGAUUAAUAACGGUUAGUUUAAAUACAAACACAGAACUUUAAAAAGGCAAGUAAUUUACUAAUCUUACAAAAAAAUCUUGACAGCGUUUAUUCAAUACCAGGCAAUAAAAAGGUUAAUCAAUAUUUACAUCGAUAUAUGAUUGAAGAACGGAUAGAAAAUGAAAAUACUAACAUCAACUAUUCAAGAAAAAACAGAUGUAUCCGUCAAGACGUUUUUGGGGGAAAGCAAUUAAUCGAAUUUCUAGAAAAAACAAAAAUAAACACAAGACUGAAUCGGUCAAAUAGCUCCUAUCGUGUUCAGGCAAUUAUUCGUCCGUGGAUUAAACUUAUUACGUAUGAGCGUUCCUUAUCAAUUGCAAGAAAAGCGCGUUGGAGGUAUAAAGUUUAUUUUGUUAUUUCCACUAUAUAUCUACAUCAUAAUUUAAUGAUCAAUUUGCAGGAAUAACCCCAAGAAAAACACUUGGAUAGUUGAUAGUUGAAUUCCUAAAAUAAAGAAAACUAUACUAGUACUUAAUGUACAAGACUUUUCGUAAAAACCUCAUAUAUUAAUAAAUAAUUAUAUCAAGAAUAACUGCAAUUAUAAACUAGUAAAACAUGAUAAAGGAAUGCUACUAGUAGUUAGUAAUUUAAGUGAA